GCAGGGAUGGGUGGCAGGAGUAACGGGAAAGAGCGGGAUGGAGUGAGCCAGACGGUGGGCUCAGGGCUACAGUGGCGGGUGGCCCCAGGGGCCUCAUGCGCAGCGGCCGCCACGCUAGGCGGCGCAACGGCGCGUGCAUCACCGCGCAGAGCUUCUUCGGGACGUGCAGGAUGGGCUGCGUCAGCCAAUCCGUCGCCACAAGUACCAGCAUCGUGCAGGGCGAAGUCUUCAGGGCGGAGACGUUCGCCACCUACGGCAGCGCGAUGCGGGACUCGUUCAACGGGAGGGGGUUGUGCGCCACCAGCGGCGGCAUCAGGCAGGACGUGAUCGUCGGGGUGAACAUGGGCGGCAGGGUCAGCCAAUCGAUCCCGGCGCCGGUGCUCGUAGUCCCAGCAGAUACCCCCCCCACCCGUGGUCGACCGCUCCACGUGGGUGCACGUAGCGAGCUGCAUGAUGGGCUGCGGACGCCACUCCAAGCAGCGGAACAGCAUGAGCAUCGUCAUGAGGCGCGACGGCACGGGGCACGAGUUCAUCGACCAGACCAGCGAGAGCCAGACUGCAGCACCUGAGUUGGAGCAGGUCGGAGCGAUGAAGGUGCGGCGCCCCAGGGACAGCCCAGGCGCUCGCCGAGGGCCAGCAGGAGCAGCGCUAUCCACGCCAGCGGCAGCGUCUUGGACGUCGUCGAGCUCACGUUCACUAGGAAAGGCAUCGCGCUAUACUUCGAGAGCAGGAUGUACGCCACGCGCGGAAGCGUCGACGUGAACUUGUUCGCCGCCAGCGGCAGCGCCAUCGUGGUCAGCAACAUGAUGUACUUCGAAAGCAGACUGGUCGCCAAACGCGGCAGCGUCUACGUGCGCCUGUUCGCCACCAGCGGCAGCGCCACC